CGCCCCGGAAGGACCUGACCUUUGCAUCGACUGUUUUGUUUUUACUCACCAAAUACUAGUAUCCUAUAGCUAGUAAAGGAACUGGAGUUCUGCGUAGCAAGCAUUUUGAGAAGAAGCAAGGAAGAAAGAACCCCGACGUGAAGUGACAACAGAAUAAUGGCUAUCCCUACCAACGGUGCAGUGAGACGUGCUCAACAGGAGCGACGUGAGACAGUGUCAUAUGAGCAGCUGUGGAGAGUGUUGCGCAUUCCUGUGUACAUGUGGCUGGCCUUUGGAGUGUUGAGACUGGUGACAUGCUGCAAACAACCGCUUACUUUUCUGUCAAACAGGCAUGGAUCUAUGGCUCCAACCCUCAGUAGUGGUGAUGUACUACUUCUCACCAACUACCCAAACGACCCUAUCAACGUGGGUGAUAUCGUUGUCGUCACCAUCUCAGAAGACGAACAAAUAGUACGCAGAGUCGUGAAGGUGAAGGAUGACGACGAUGGAAACCUGAUCUUCUUGAUAAAAGGGGACAACAUUGGCACUAUCGUCGCAGGAACGGACGAACCUAUCCCUGAACCACUGGCGCCCCAGUGGGUUUCGGAGAACGACAUUGUUGGCAAGAUGAUUCUGAAUAUACCACUCCUUGGGAUACCACGCCUCUUGAUUGACAAAGGUACCCCACAUAGGGCUAUAUUUGGGUAUUUGGGUGACGCAUACCUCUACUGUUUGCUUUUCGCGUUGGUGGCGGCAGGACUCUCAAAGCUGUUAUUGCACUUGUAAUAGUCAAUCUCUAUCAUAAUAAAGCUGUGUCUUUACUUUGAUGCAACACAAAGUAAAGACACAAAAAGGCCUUUCAGAAACGGGCACAUGUACCACACUUGGUGCUGUCUUGCCAUGCAAACAUUUGUUUACCUUGUACUCAUCAUCUGAAUCAUUACAAUUGUCAAAAAAAAUUUCUUCAUCAUUGGCACAUGGCAGACAAGUUCCAAACAGAUACAUAUAGAUACAAUUAAGUUCUUGCUAUGAAUGACAGCCACAUAUACCCUAACUACAAUUAAUGCUUCGUAAAGGUUUAAGAGACCAUUCAUUUAAAAAAAAGCUAGCAUCUUACUGUUUUUUUAUAACACAACCAGAACACACCUGGCAUUAAUAUCCAGCAAAUAUUGUUAUCAAAAGUCAUUAUGUAGUAAACCUUUUGUAUUUCUGUCAAUUGAAGCCUUUGUGUCAAAUGUUGAGUCAUGCAGUUCUUUGUGAGAAACAUACAUGGGCGUAAGUGAAUGCCAUCCAUAGAAUAAAGACAUAUUGGACUUGACUACACAUCUAUGUGUAUGUAUUUCCACAAUGUUAACCACGAAAAUUCCUUAUAUUUCCAUCUAUUAAAAUCCACUCCACAAUUUUUUAUAAUCAUUCAUACUUCACAAGUACAUGUGGAUGGAUUAUUUCAUGAGAAUUAGGAUGGCAUUUAUGUAGAUAUGCUUUUUUUGUAAAUUCUAUGUGACUUUGUUAAACUGAAGUUUGUGUGGUGUAUAACGUUAUAUGUAUUAUUCAUAUCACGUGGACAGUAUAGAAAUCAUAGAAAACGUUUAGUCCAUCACCAAACCUUUGUAAUGGAAUAAACUAACAAUUAACAAUGUAAAAACAACUCCUUCAGAAGUUGUGUUGAUAAAUCUUCCUUCAAUGGGCCCUUAUGUCUAUUACUUAACCAAGAAAAUGAACCCUUUGUAUACAAAGCAAUGGGAUGCUUUAUACUUGUAUAAUUCACUAUAGAGCUAUGAU